AUGCCAGAUAAAACUGUCCACACCAACAAGAAAGAUGGAGCUACCUUUGAUCAUGAUUCGCCAUAUUACAUCCACCCCUCAGACUAUCCUAGACAAAUGCACGUGAACGAGACCCUCACCGAUGGCAACUACGCCGACUGGUCUCAAGAAAUGACCAAUUUUCUUUUUGCCAAAAACAAAGUGGGUUUCAUAGAUGGGACCAUCAAGAAACCGAAUCCUUCCGCUGCAGAAUAUAUGGGAUGGAUGAGAUGCGACGCAAUGAUUAAGGGAUGGCUGAACACAGCCAUGGAGAAGGAGAUCCGAAACAGCGUUAAGUACGCAAGCAUGGCUGAAGAGAUGUGGAAGGAUCUAAAGGAAAGAUUUGGAAAGCAAAGUGCCCCUUGGGCAUAUGAACUUAAACAAAUGUUGUUAGCAUAA